AGCCAUCCCAACAGCAUCCAACUGAUCCCCAUGAUUAAUGAUCAUUUCUUCAAAAAAGGAGGAAUUCUGGAAAAUAAUAUGCAGCCUGUGACCCAAAAUAUUGACUCAGAGAAAGAGCGGUUGUCCCUGGAACUGACCAAAAUGGCGGUGGGGCAAGGUUGCCCAAAAGAAUUCCUGAAGAGACCUCAAAG